AUGAUCCACUUUGUGUUGCUCCUGAAUCGGCAGGGCAAGACGCGCCUGGCCAAGUGGUUCUCCACCUACACUGCCAAACAGCGCGCCCGUUUCUCGCGGGAGGUUUCCACCUUGGUUUUGAAUCGUAAUGCGCGCUACUGCAACAUAAUCGAGUGGAAGGAGCACAAGCUCAUCUACAAGAGAUAUGCAAGCCUCUACUUCGUGGCCUGCGUGGACUGGAACGACAACGAGCUGGUAACUCUCGAAACCAUCCAUCACUUUGUUGAGAUCUUGGACAAAUACUUCGGCAACGUGUGCGAACUGGACCUGAUAUUCAACUUCCACAAGGCCUAUUUCGUCCUCGACGAGCUUAUCGCCACGGGCGAGCUGCAAGAAUCUUCCAAAAACGCAGUGCUUCGCUGCGUGGCCCAACAAGACGUCCUCCAGGAAGCGCCCCACGAAAACAAGGCCGAGCUCUAA